AGUGUAUUACUCAAAAUAAAGAAAUUAUUAUAUAGAAAGACAUGAGGAAAUCCUUUCUUCUAUCAGUUAUGCUAGGUGUUAUAAAAAGUGAUCAUCCUGGUGCAAAACAAUUGCAGCAUAGAAAAUGUAAUAUAUAGAGCAGAACUGUUAAAGAUUCACUAAUGUUCCCGAACAAACACACUAUUAGAGUUUGAACUCUCUUGGAAGUCUUGGUAUGUAGAGAUCUAUAGAACAAAGCUUUCCUUGAGCAGAUGCUCAUACUGCCGUUCACUUGCAGCCUUACAGCAUGAUUUGGAGGUACUGUUCAGUGUUGUAAGGAUGCCAUCUAUAUUUUGGCACCAAUAUAGAUUUAAAGUUUUAAACAAAGAUUAUAAACAAGGAUGAAAACUACUGUAAAUCAUAUGGAAGCUAAUCUUUGAUAUGUAUUGUAGAAGCCCUGGGAUUCCUUGAUCUUUUCUCCAAGUACUAGACAAGCUUAGUAUCUGGACUGCUUCUACCUGUUAGACUAGAAUGUUACCAAGAUGUCUGCACAUUCAUUGCUGCGUGAGAGAAUUAUCCUGGCUAAGGAACUAAUUAAAAGAGCAGAAGUUCUUUGCAGAUCCCAAAAAGAUGGCAUAGAAGGGGGAGCAAAACUUUGCAGUAAAUUAAAGGCAGAACUAAAAUUCUUGCAGAAAGUAGAAGCCGGUAGAGUAUGCAUCAAAGACUCUCAUCUGCAGAGUACAAAUCUCACUCAUCUGCAAGCUAUCAUUGAAUCAGCAGAGAACUUGGAGGGUAUUGCUGGUGUUCUCCAUGUUUUUACUUAUAAGGACUCAUUUGGUGAAAAACAGAAUUUGAUGGUAGAUGUAGUUGCAAAUAAUGGGCAUACUUGGGUGAAAGCAGUUGGUCGGAAAGUUGAAGCUCUGCAUAACAUUUGGUUGGGCAGGGGCCAGUAUGGUGACAAGAGUAUUAUUGAACAAGCAGAGAAUUUCCUACAAGCAAGUUGUCAACAACCAGUACAAUAUUGCAGCCCACACAUUAUUUUUGCUUUCUACAAUGGUUUGUCCAGCCCAAUAGCAGAAAGACUAAAAGAGAUGGGUAUAUCUGUGCGGGGGGAUAUUGUUGCUGUGAACCCAUCAAUGAACUGUCUUAAAGAAGAUCACUGUUUAAGUUCUAGUGAAUCUGACAACGGGGAUGAAUGCUUUCAAGUGACUAAAGUAGAUCGGGAUAUCUUAAUAGCCAGUGUUGCAUUUCCUACAAUGUUGAAAGUAAAUACAUGCAAUAGGGUUAAUUUAGAUAUUACUACUCUGAUUACAUAUGUCUCAGCCCUAAGCUAUGGAGGCUGUUACUUUAUAUUCAAAGAGAAAGUCUUAACCGAACAGGCCUUACAAGAGCGAAGUGAGAAUGUUCUCCCACAACUGGACGAAUUCAUGAAGGGCAAAGAAUUGUUUGCUUGUGAAUCUGCAAUCAAAGAUUUUCAGAUUAUUUUAGAAACUAUAGGAGGUCCUGGAGAAAAAAAUAGAGCCUCAUUACUUAUGGAUAGAAUCCAUGUGGUCCCAGACCAACUCUCUGAAUGUGCCUCGAGAUUAGUACCUAGCUCUAAAAUCAAUAGCCGUUCUCUGAUCAUCUUUGGGACAGGAGAUACUUUAAAAGCCAUCACUAUGACAGCAAACAGUGGCUUUGUUCGGGCAGCAGCAAAUCAGGGAGUAAAGUUUAGUGUGUUUAUUCAUCAACCAAGGGCAUUGACAGAAAGCAAAGAAGCUUCUGCCACACCUUUAUUAAAGCACUAAGCUGGUUCUGAAUACUGUAUUUUUCGGACUGUAAGACGCACCGGAAUAUAAGACACACCAAGAUUUUGAAGAGGUAAAGAAGAAAAAAAAAGUUUUUGCCCUCCCCGGCCCCCAGGAGCACACUGCAGGCCUCCCAAACCCUCUGCAGGCCUCCCAAACCCUUUUUGUGAAAAAUGGGCCCAUUUUUCACAAAAACAGGAUGAUCAGAGGGUGUGCUCCUGGGGGCUAGGGAGAGCAAAAACAUGACACCAAAUGGUGUUUGGGAGGCCUGUUUUUUGCCAAAACGGGCCCAUUUUUUGCAAAAACAGGGCCUGCAGAGUGUUUGGGAGGCCUGCAGAGUGUUCCUGGGGGCUGGUGAGGGCAAAAACACCCCCAUUUUUGCAAAAAAUGGGCCCAUUUUCAUGAAAAAUGGGCUUGUUUUUGGUCUCCCAAACCCCCCACGCAUCAAAUUUUUGCCCUCCCCAGCCCCCAGGAGCACUCGGCAAGCCUCCCAAACCUCUGCAGGCCCAGUUUUUGCAAAAAAUGGGCCUGUUUUUGGCAAAAACGGGACAUGUGGGGUGGGGUUUCAGGAAGGCAAAAAUUGCUGUAUUCAGUGAAUAAGACGUACCAACAUUUCCACCCUCUUAGGGGGGGAGAAAAGUGUGUCUUAUACUCCGAAAAGUACGGUAAUUUAUUUAAAUUGUUUCUAGCUAAGAAAUUUUUGAAAUAAAAUAGUGUAAUGCAUAUAAAUAUUGAUGUUAUGUGGCCACAGUUUAUUCAUUUGACUGAAUUGAACUGAAAGAAACUUAGGGCAGACAUACUUUGUUGUGCUUCAGCUACUCAUGUAUAACUUUGUAUAAAUGUUAUACAACUUU